AUGGCGGCCCUGGCCCGCCAGCUGCAGCGUCUUCUCUGGACCGCUUGCAAGAAAAAGGAGAGGGAGAAGGAGGGGGAAGAGGAAGAGGAGGAUGAGGAGGAGGGGCGCGGGGCCCUCGAUGGGCCUCGGUCUCUGUUGACAGCGCCGCGCCGCGCCCAGCGGCCGCACGGGGGUGCCGAGGCGUCUUGGGGCCUGCGCUUCGGGGCGAGCGCAGCGCAAGGCUGGCGCGCGCGCAUGGAGGAUGCUCACUGCACUUGGCUUUCGUUACCUGGUCUGCCCCCGGGCUGGGCCUUGUUUGCCGUCCUCGACGGCCACGGUGGGGCUCGAGCUGCCCGCUUCGGUGCACGCCAUUUGCCAGACCAUGUGCUCGAGGAGCUGGGCCCGGAGCCUAGCGAGCCCGAGGGCGUGCGCGAGGCGCUGCGCAGAGCCUUCUUGAGCGCCGACAAGCGCCUGCGCUCCCUCUGGCCCCGCGUGGAAACAGGCGGCUCCACGGCCGUGGCGUUGCUGGUCUCCCCGCGGUUUCUGUACCUGGCGCACUGCGGUGACUCCCGCGCGGUGCUGAGCCGCGCUGGCGCCGUGGCCUUCAGCACAGAGGACCACCGGCCCCUUCGACCCCGGGAACGCGAGCGCAUCCACGCCGCUGGCGGCACCAUCCGCCGCCGCCGCGUCGAGGGCUCUCUGGCCGUGUCGCGAGCGUUGGGCGACUUUGCCUACAAAGAGGCUCCAGGGAGGCCCCCCGAGCUACAGCUCGUUUCUGCGGAGCCUGAGGUGGCUGCACUGGCACGCCAGGCUGAGGACGAGUUCAUGCUCCUGGCCUCUGAUGGCGUCUGGGACACUAUGUCUGGUGCUGCCCUGGCGGGACUGGUGGCUUCGCGCCUCCGCUUGGGUCUGGCCCCAGAGCUUCUCUGCGCGCAGCUGUUGGACACGUGCCUGUGCAAGGGCAGCCUGGACAACAUGACCUGCAUCCUGGUCUGCUUCCCCGGGGCCCCUAGGCCUUCUGAGGAGGCGAUCAGGAGGGAGCUCGCACUGGACGCAGCCCUGGGCCGCAGAAUCGCUGAACUGUGUGCCUCUGCUCAGGAGCCGCCCAGCCUGAACACAGUUUUCAGGACUCUGGCCUCAGAGGACAUCCCAGAUUUACCUCCUGGGGGAGGGCUGGACUGCAAGGCCACUGUCAUUGCUGAAGCUUAUUCUCAGAUCUGCCAGGUCUCAGAAGAGUGCAGAGUGAAGGGGCAGAAUGGUGCUGGGAAGUCCACCCCUACGCAUUUGGGCUCAGCCUUGGACAUGGAGACCUGACAGCUGUUGUCCUUUGGGGAUCCUUUGCUCCACUGGGGCCUCAACAGAACUAAAGAAGAAAGCCGACCCUUUCCCCAACUACAUGCACCAGCGGAAGGGAGGAAGGCCAGUGUAGGAACCCAAAAUGCUUACUUCCUCUCUUACUUCCCUCUCACAGAAAAGGCUUACGAGAGGGGAAAUUCCACCAACAUCCAGACCAAAAA